UAUUCAUACUAAACAAUGUUAUAUACAUGCAUCACACACGACUAUGCUUAGACAAUACUAUCUUAAAUGUUAAAAAAAUGUGCGCAUAAGUCUUAGAUGGUUGGUGUUGGUACUGCGAUUUUGUUUGUUUUUCCAUUUUUGAAUUUACAUUGUUUGGUUGGUUGUGGUUUCUUUUAGGUUAUGGUUGGAUUCAUGAAAUAUGAUGAAAUGAUACAGAGUGGAAUGAAAUAAGUUUGAGUGGAAUGAAAUAAGUUUAUGUUCUAUGAUUUUAAUUGAUAAAGAGAAAUUGGAGUAGAACAAAAUAUUAUAGAAUAUAUUUCAUCUAAUUCCAUCAUUAAUUGCCAUUUUCUUAUCUUUCAAUAUAGACUGAAUGCGAAUAUAUCUUGGUCCCAAAUUCUACACUACGACAUCGUCUUUUCCACCACCGAUUCCCACAAAUCCCAAAUUCAACCGAACCCUAAUUCAUUCACACCCUCGAAUCCACCUUUGAUCUCACACACUGCCACCAAGCAUCAUCAAAUUCCAACACCUGUAUUCCAAUUUCAUCAAACCUUCACCUUUUCUCUCUUCAUUCAUACCCUAUUAUACUAUUAUAUAUACACACUCAACACAAAGAAAUGGGUUCUAUAUUGAGUUCUCAGAAUACUCAGAUGAGCAAAGAAGUGAUGGAAACGUCUUUGACUAAAGCGAAGGAGCUCGCUGCUUCUUCCCCAGUCUUUGUCUUCAGUAAGACUUAUUGUGGUUACUGCAAACGGGUGAAGGAUCUACUCAAACAGAUAGGAGCAACCUACAAGGUCCUUGAAUUGGAUACAGAAAGUGACGGGGGUGAGAUUCAAGCAGCUUUAGCUGAGUGGACAGGACAAAGAACAGUACCUAACGUCUUUAUUGGAGGCAAACACAUUGGUGGUUGUGACUCUGUUUUGGAGAAACACCGUGCAGGUCAAUUGGUUCCCCUUCUCACUGAUGCUGGGGCGAUUGCUAGUAACUCUGCUCAGCUCUGAAUAGCCACAAAAUAUUUACUGUUUUGCUAAAACUUGUGGCAAUACUUUGUAUGAAUAUACCCAAAAACAAACAUGUGUAAUAAAUAAUCCACAUGUGGAAGAGGAUCAUCUAAAAUAAUUCUUGCUUUAUAUUUUAAUAAAAUCUGGUUGCUUUA